AUGCAUCACUUGCCCACCGACAAACUGUUCUCGCUACAAGGGAAGACAGCCAUCUGCACCGGAGCUACAGGUGGCAUUGGACAAACACUGUGUAAAUCCCUUGCAAUGGCAGGAGCCGACAUUGUCUCUAUUCAGAUUCCCAAUGAUGUACACGCCGAAAGCUUGUCAAAAUCUAUCUCUGAGCUUGAUCGAAAAUUUUGGUCGUUUGAAUGCAACCUUACCGAUCCAACUUCAAUUCGUUCAACCUUCCAAGCUAUCUGGCAAGCAGGAAUCAUGCCUUCCGUCCUUUUGAACUGCGCCGGUGUCAAUAGAAGAUGCCCAAUUACGGAAGUCACGGAUGAUGAUCUCGACCUCAUCAUAUCCAUCAAUCUCAAGGCCACCUACGUUGCCGCACAAGAAUUUGCAAACAAGUUGCUUCAUCUCAAGCUUCCUGGCAAAAUUAUCAACAUUGGUUCGGUUACUUCAUAUCGGGGCAUGUACAAUGUUUCUGCCUAUGCAAGCUCUAAGGGCGGAGUCAUCCAAAUGACGAAAUCUUUCAGCAAUGAACUUGCUCCACACAACAUUCAAGUCAACUGCGUCUGCCCAGGAUAUAUUAGUACCCCUUUGACGACACAACUGGAGAAUGACUCCGCUUACAAUGAAUUUAUUUUGAAGGGAACGCCGGCUGGCCGUUGGGGAACCCCUGAAGACCUGAGGGGAGCUGUCAUCUUUCUUGCCAGCGGGGCUAGCAACUUCGUCACUGGUUCGAGCUUGAUAGUUGACGGUGGAAUGCUCGCCGUCUGA